AUGACGGACACGAAUGUGCCUGAUUUUGAGCCCAUCAUCGAGUACCUGGGCGUAAAGGGAAAAUAUCAGGCCGUCCAGGUGGUGCUGCAAGCUCUGGGGACCUUUAGCCUUUCCUUUGCUGUACUGACCGGAGUGUUUACAGGGUACGAGCCGGCCCACGAGUGCAAUGCCGUGAAUGUGACGGAAAUGAGGGAUCUCUUCUCUGUGCCGGACAACGCCAGUCUGGAGGCAAGCUACGGGAAGUGUGCCGUGACUUUGGUGGUCAACGACUCUGCCGCUGUGACGACACAUACGAUGAGCUGUGUCAACGGACACAAUUAUUUCGGCAACAAAUAUAUUUCCUUUACGUCUGAGAUGGACCUGGUCUGUGAGAGAGCCGGUCUUGGAGAGCUCUCGCAGACAAUGAAUUUGUUAGGCCAAGGCAUCGGUGGUUUUAUCUUCACAUCGCUCGCUGAUCGCUUCGGUCGGAAACCCAUCUAUGUCUUCACGUUGUUUGGCAUGACGAUACUGCACACCCUUAUAGGAGUGGCGCCAGAAGUAGGAUCUCUGACUCUGUUCGGCUUCCUCAUUGGUGGAUUCCAACAGGGUGUUUGCCUUUCCUCCGUAACAUUGUGCACGGAAAUGAUGCCUCCCCGUCACCGCAUGUUGGCCUCUAUGCUGUGUGGUACCCUGUGGUCCACCUCUGUUAUGGUACUAGGACUGUUAGCUUGGCUGCUGAGAUACCACUCUUGGCGCACACUGCAGCUGGUCAUGAUAGCCACCACCUCGUUCUGUGUCUUUCUGCCGUGGUUUCUAAUGGAAUCUCCAAGAUGGCUGGCCUGUAACAACCGGGCAGAUGAAGCCCUGGAAAUCUUCAGGAGAUGGUGUGAACAGAACGGGAAGGACUUUGCUCAUGUGAAAAGUCUCUUUGACAAAAAUGUUGUGGAAAAAUUAAGAGUCAAGAAGAUGUUGGAGGAAAGAGAAGGCGAGGAGAAGCCAGAGCUACAAGUGGAGAAGUACACCAUCUUGGAUCUAUUCAAACACAAGCAGAUCGCACUCACAAGCUUUGUCCUAUGUUUUAUCUGGGUUACGAACGGAGUGACAUACUUUGGUCUCACCCUGACUUCCUCAAGUUUGGCUGGAGACCGAUUCGUGAAUUUUCUCCUCUACGGUUUGGCGGAAUGGCCCUCACACUCUGUUGCUUAUUUCAUGCUGAGAAGAAUGAAUCGAAGACUGAUUGAGACGAUUUUCUUGAUAUUGUCCGGCGUUUGUCUCAUUACUUCGGUUCUACUUCUUCUGAACAGUCUUGUGUCCACUCCUUCAGGUCCAGAACAGGAGGCCAGCACAGCUUCCACAGUGUUUUCUCUGUUGGGCAAGUUCUCCAUCACUGGCGCCUUCAACGCACUUUUCCUGCUCACUCCUGAACUUUUCCCCACCAAUAUCAGGUCUAUAGGAUUUGGGAUAUCUGCAUCUAUGUCCAGAUUCGGUGGAAUGGUGGCUCCUUACUCCAGAUUUCUUGUAAGUUCCACAUGAAUGAUAAAGAGAAGGGAUUACAACUGGCCAAUUUUGUUUUCUCAUAAAUCGUGAACUAGAUUUAUUCUAUUUCUCAAAAUUAAAGCCAGCCUUGUCGAAUCAGCUUUUCUUUCCGUAUAUCCUAUUUCUUUUCUUCUCCUCCGUCGUUUCUGCCCAUCCAGC